UAUCGAUAUUUAUUUUGAGCGUGCAUUCAUGCUUUAGCUUAUAAUCGAGUGUUUAAUUUACUUGAAAUUUAAGAAAAAUGUCUGUGAAUAUUAUCAAUAAGAUUAGUGAAGGUGAACGUUUAUUUAUUACAAAUGGUGUAGAUUUAAAUAUCCGUUCGGAUGGUCGGUCUUGUGAUGAUCAUCGUAUGGUAAUGAUUGAACAAAAUGUUAUCGAAACAUGUAGUGGUUCAGCACAUGCACGUUCAGGAAACACCGAUGUUCUAGUUGGAAUUAAACUUGAAUUAGAAGAGAUUAUCAACAACAACGAUGAUAAGCAAGCUGUUGAUGAUAAAGGACGUGUUCAGGUAUUCGCCGAUAUAUCAGCAAUUGCAUCCCCUGCAUUUGAAGGAAGAAAAGGUGAAGAUAUUACCUGUCAAAUUGAAGCAUUGUUUUCCGAAUUUCUACCAGAUUAUCUCGAUCUGGAAAAACUAAUCAUCGUUCCUAAUAGAUCCCAUUUUGUUUUACAUAUCGAUAUUGUCAUCCUUGAAUGUUCUUCAUUGUCAUCAUUAAUUGAUAUAACCUCAAUUGCUAUCAAAACUGCCCUAUACGAUGUUAGAAUACCAAAAAUCAACAUUUUAAGUGUUGACCAGAAUGAAUUCACCGUUUCCGAAGAUGAAUUCGAAUCUAUUCCAUUGGAUGCUAGUCGUGUACCACUAGUGACAAGUUAUACAAAAAUCGGUUCGAAAUUUGUUGUCGAUGCUACUUGGGAAGAGGAACAAGCAAGUGUUGGUACCAUAUCAGUUGCUUUUCUUCCGCCUGAUCAGAUUAUUCUGAUGAAAAAAAUUCGUCAUGGAUCGAUUAGUACCGAUUCGUUUCCAUUGCUAUUCGAACGUGCAACAAAAUUCGGUUUGGAAUUAUCACGAAAAUUUGAUGCCAAAAUUUGUCAAUGUAAAACAUUAAAAACAGGUGGUAGAAUUACAUUUUCAAUAAAUUAAUGAUUCGAAUGAUUAUCGGACCACCCCUAUCCUUUCAACAGAACACACACCGAAAAUCCGUUAAUUUUCUACCCGAAAUUAUGAAGAAUUUCAAAGUCGUUUGUAAAUAAAUGAAAAAUGAAUUAAG